UCCAAUUACUUACGAAUACACAAGAAGUAAUGAAGAAACAAACUAAUUUUAAGAGCUCUCAAAAUUAAUAAUAUAUUUCGUGUUUCUUACAAAAACAAACAAUUCGAGAAGCCUCCUAAAGUUACAAGUGCAAAAGAUGUGCUGUUGUGUCUCUGUGUCUGGCAAAUAAUAAAUUGUUUAAAAUUUGUGAAUUGUUUUGUUGGUGACGACGAAAUAUAAGAAGAUUCUUUUCCCCGGAUAGAGAAAAUUAAAAAAAAACAACAACUGAUCAACAACAACAAGCAGUAAUCAAUAACAAAAACAACAACAACAACCACUCAACAACAACUAUUGGAAUAAUUUUUUGCUUAUAUAUACAUUUUUCCUGGUUCAUUGGGUAUGAAGAAUUACCGCAAAAAUAGAUUCACGCAAGCGUAAAAGGUUUUUGCAGACCACAAUGAAGGAGAUGGUCGGUGGAUGUUGUGUUUGUUCCGAUGAGCGUGGAUGGCCCGAAAAUCCACUAGUGUAUUGUGAUGGACAAAAUUGUACGGUAGCCGUACAUCAGGCAUGCUACGGCAUUGUCACCGUGCCCACUGGGCCAUGGUUUUGUCGAAAAUGCGAAAGUCAAGAGCGUACGACGCGUGUACGCUGCGAACUGUGUCCCUCGCGCGAUGGCGCUUUGAAAAAGACCGACAAUCAAGGAUGGGCGCAUGUGGUCUGCGCACUUUACAUACCCGAGGUACGUUUUGGCAAUGUUACAACAAUGGAGCCCAUUAUAUUGCAGUUAAUACCCCAGGAGCGGUAUGGGAAAAACUGUUACAUAUGCCAGGAAUCCGGCAAAGGUCAUCGCGCCACUGUGGGCGCGUGCAUGCAGUGCAAUAAAUCGAAUUGUAAACAACAAUUCCAUGUGACAUGUGCCCAAAGUUUGGGUUUGUUAUGCGAGGAAGCCGGCAAUUAUUUGGAUAAUGUUAAAUACUGUGGCUAUUGCCAGCAUCAUUAUAGCAAAUUAAAGAAGGGAGGCAAUGUGAAAACCAUACCGCCCUAUAAACCCAUUAGUCAUGAUACUUCAUCUGAUUCGGGCUCGUCGCCGGAAAAGGAGAUAGACUCGACCAUGAGUGCCACAGCCUCUUCGACUUCGGCGACCAGCAUUAAGAUAACCACCACCAACCUAACGUCUUCAUCGUCAUCCUCAUCAAAGCAGCGAAAAUCUUCAAAUGCCACCAAACAGUCAUCGUCUUCAUCAUCCACGGCGUCGGCUUCGUCAGCGGGUCCCACCAGCUCGGCCAAUCUGACAAGUUCAAUGCAUAACCUUAGUGGAGGUUUGGGUGGCAGCGGCUCGGCUAAUCUAAACACCAGCUCCUCUAAUGCCUCCUCUUCUUCUUCUUCAGGUUUUGUUGGUAGUAGUAGUUCUAUGGCAAUAGGUGCGGGCACCAAUUCCUCCAACAUCAAGUCUUCAUCUUCAUCUUCGGGGGGCACAUCGGGGUCGAGCAGCAGCAGUUACAAGGACAAAGAUGGCAAACAUAGUAAAAAUGUUAACAAGAUAUCAAGUUCUAGCAAAGACAAGGAAAAGGACAAGGAAAGUUAUUCCUCUUCUUUCUCUUCGCGAGAUUCUCGAGAGAAGUCAUCCAAGUCUUCGAAGAGCAAAGAGGCCUCAUCCAGUAGCAAUAACAGCUUAAAUUCCAAUAUUAAUACCACCAUAGCGACAGCUUCAUCUUCUUCGACUACAUCGAACACCUCGGCCAAUGUAUUCUCCUCGGAUCAUGCCAAUCAAGGUGGUGGAGGAGCGCAAAACCUUACCACCAACUCCUCUUCCUCCUCCUCUGCCUCCAAUGCAAACAACAUGACAACAUUUGGCAAUGUUUCAUCAGCAACAUCUUCGGGCAUGCAUGGCAGUCUGGGUUCUUCGUCUGCCCUUUCUAAGGAAAAUUCAAAAAAUCCCUUUUCUUCGGCCGCCACUUCGUCGACGUCAUCAUCAUCGGCGGCAGUGAGCACAAGCCAAUCCUCUGCUAAUUUUCUCUCCGAACAUCAUUCAGAUGCUACCAACUUAACACCCAUACCCAUGGAUAUUAUACCUCCCAAUAACAGCAGUGGGGGCAGUGGCAAUAAUUUAAAUAUGCCCACAAAUCUAAGUUCAUCCUCCUCCUUUAACAAACAUUCGAAUAACUCAAUGCCCAGCAUAAGCGGCAAUGGUUCAAAUCCUAAUAUGCAUGGCAGCUCAUCAUCACAGCCCUCAUUCACUUCCUCAAAGAAACGCAAAAGUGAUUCAAGUAAAUCAAGUAAUUUUGGCACCGACGAUGUGAAUAGUUCUUUCCGUGAUAUUAUUAAAGAUGUUACUGUCACUCUAACACCCCUGACAGAUUUCGAAAGGGAAAUUGAGAAGAGCUCCAAGAAGCAAAAAACCGAAUUAAGUCCUCCCACUCAUCAAUCAAUUCCCAGUGUUGAAACUAGCCACAAUAGUCGAAAUGUUGAUAGCUCGUUAUCUGCAUCAAAUAAUAGCCAAACGCCAGCGGGAGGGGGACACCACAAAUCCAGCGGAGGAGCAGCAACAGGCUCAGGAGGAAAUGAAGCCAAAGCCUCUAGUAAUAUUACAAUAGGUUCAUCUGGCAACAGCACUUCAUUAUCACAUAAAAAUUCCAAUACAGCAUCAACAGCGGCCAAGGAGCGUGAAGAGCGCUAUGCUGCAGCACAAGCUGCUUUAGCGGCGGCAAAUGGAGGUAGCAGUGUGACAACAACAACAACGGCGCCACCACCCGCUUCAACGGCGGGUAAUGCACCUAGUUUGUAUGUAUCCGUGCCAUUGUCCAAUGCAAAUGUACCUGGAAUUAAUAUACCCACAACAACGGCAACCCCAGCUGCGCUAACAACAACAACGGGAAGUCAAGAUCAUCCAUCUGCACAAAUUACACGUUCAACUAGUCAACAGCAAUUGGCUGCAGCUUCGGCGGCAUCUUCUACUACCCCAUCACCCUUAGAUCGACAAUCACCGUUUAAUGCCUCGGCCACAUCAACAACAUCCUCGAUACCUUCACCAGCCAAUCAACAUCAACUAACUGGUAGUGGUGUAAUUUACCAACAAAGUGGCAAAUCCCCUAACCCUCAAUCCUCAACACCUUCCUCCUCCACAACAUCGGCGGGCAUAAAUCUCUCAGCCUCUACCACAGAUGCGGGAAAUUUGAAGAUCGGCUACGAAAAACAAUCUUCUCGUGUUAGCCAAAUACAAGAACAAGAAUCGGCGCCCAUAAGACGAAGCAGAUCGCGCUCAGGUGAAAGUAGUAUGUUGCAAGCUCAACAGCAGCAGCAGCAGCACCAUCAUCACCAGCAGCAACAACAGCAACAGCAGCAUAAUGCUUCGCAAAAACCAACCUCUCGUUCGGGUAAAAAACGGGCUGCUUCCGCUAAAUCGGGUUUUGCCAGUUCGAAUAGCACAAACAACAGCAACAAUCUGAACAACGAUAGUGGAAAUCCAACCCAAGAGAAACUUUCGAAACUCUCCUCAUCGUCAUCUUCGCCGGGUGGAAAUAGCUUUGCAAACAACAACUCGAUCACAAAUAGCACUACAAGCACUACCAAUUCGCCUGUGCCACAAAAUUAUCGUAGCGAUUUAACAACACCGACACCACCACCUACAGCACCCUCACCACUAUCAUUGCCACCGCCUAGUAGCACACCGACACCAUCUACACGUACGCCAACGCCUACAUCAACACCCUCGGCAACUCCAUCGCCCUCACCCAUUGUUAUGAUACAGGGGAGCUCUUCCGAUCAUAACAAUCAAUCUCCUAAUAACAGUAGUGGUGGUGGAGGCAAUGGUGGUUCGGGACGAUCUACCACCCCGUUGUCCACCAGAUCAUCACCACUGCCGCCCACCGCCACCGCCACAAAUACCAAUACAAAUAAUGGCAGCAACAACAAUCUAGGUGGCAAUAAUACGUCAAAUCUUAUGGCAACCAAUCUUUCGAAAAACGAUAAUAGCAAUAAUCACAAUAGUAAAAAUAGCCAAAAUAACAACAACAACCACCAUAAUGAUCAGAAUCAUAACCCCUCUAAGAGCCACAGUAGUAGUAAUUCUUCUAAUCCAUCUACGGCCUCGAGUAGUAGUCUUAUAAGUAGCAGUAAUAGUAGUAGCAACAGUACUAACAGUAGUUUAGCAGAUGUGGCUGCAGCAUCAAACAACAGUAGUGGCAGCGGAAGUGGCGUUGGGGGCGUACCAACCACCACAAAGCCUUUGAAUAAAAAGAUGCUAAGAGCUCAACAGGCCCAUAUCCAACAGCAGCAGCAGCAACAACAACAGCAUCAGCAACAAGUUUCUGCUGGUCUAGCAGCAACAUCGUCACAUAAAGGGGGCCAGCAACAUGUUUCGCCUGAGCGUAACACAAAAAUGACUAGCCACAAAACUGUUGACUCCUCCUCGUCCAAUUCGGCGGCUACUUCUUCAUCGACGGCUUCGUCUUCUAGUUCUUCUAGUUCUAAUAAUAACAAUAAUACAGCUUUUACAAAUGUUUCGAAUUCUUCUACUACCAAUGCUCCUUCUCUUUCUACUACUACUACUUCCCUAAACACUACCACAACCUCCAAUCACUCCUCCUCUACUAGUUCUUCUUCAACUACAUCCAAUCUAAGCAAUGCCACUGCUACCAAUACUAAUAAUAAUAAGGCUUCUUCUUCAAAUAAAUUAAAUCACCAGCAACAACAGCAACAAGCUCAGCAGCAGCAGCAACAUCAACAACAUGUUGCUGGUGCUGGCAACAAAACCAAAAACAAUGAUAAUGAUGUUAUUGAAAUUUUGCCAUUAACCACAAAUUCUUCUUCAAAUUCUCUUUUAUCUUCUUCUACCACCAACAACACUACCACCACCACCACCCAAUCUUCCCCAAACACUAACAACAACAACAAUAAUAUUAAUAAUUCGUCAACAUUCAACAACUCUGCUACUACUUCGUCAAUAUCCAAUACGAACAACCACAACCACAAUAACAACAACAAACAAAAUACCACAACGAAAAUGAAAUCAACAACAAAUAUCGUCCACAACAACAACAACACAUUAUCUACUACUUGCAAUCCUGGCACCAAUACCGUAAAUACCAUAACCCAUGCGUCUACAACGUCAUCGUCCUCGGCCAUUUCUUCAUCCAGAACUCCAGACAGUGGUGUCUUCUCCUCAUCCUCCUUUAAUGUCAGUAACGCCAGCUCGUGUUCAUCCUCCUCGAUGGGUGGUCUAAAAUUCACAUAUGAAGCUCAACCCGGAGGUAGUCUAUUGCCACCCUCAAUAGACACGAACUGUAUGCCCAUUACAACUGUAAAAGAUUCCCCACCAAGUUCACCGGGGUCAGAAGCGGGCACAACGCGUAAACGUGGCCGACGUGCCAAGGACACCACCAAUGCGGGUGCAAGCAGCACAGCCUCCAACAUACCCAACGAUCUCAAAGACAUAAAAGUAUUUCAAAAUGGUUUACUACCUCCACAAGCUACCCAGCAGCCUACUACCUCAGCGGCUGCUGCAGCCGCAGCAGUGAAUCUAGCCGCAUCAUCGACGGCCACCAAUGCAUCGUCUUCGUCGAUAACGAUAACUUCAGCUGCUCAUAUGUUAGGCAAUCAAUUAAAUCCCCACAGCUGUGUAGCCCAAAAACUCUCCGAACAGCUGAGUAUGGAGAUACAGGAUCAUAAUGCAUAUACCGGUCCGGAAGCUGUAAUGCCACAAUUUGUGGGUGUUCCAUUUCCUGGAAAAUUGCGCAAUACCUCAACACCUGCUGCACCAACGCCUGCCGCACCUGCUGCGGGACCAAGCCCUUUGGCUUCGAUGUUUGGCAGUGGAGCAAACGGCAGUUUGGCCAUACCUCAAAGUUUAGAACAGUUACUGGAGAGACAAUGGGAACAAGGAUCACAAUUUUUAAUGGAACAAGCACAGCAUUUCGACAUUGCAUCAUUGCUGUCAUGCUUACAUCAGUUGCAAACGGAAAAUGUUCGUUUGGAAGAACAUGUCUCAAGUUUGAUAGCCCGCCGAGAUCAUCUGUUGGCAGUUAAUGCACGUCUAGCUAUACCCUUGAAUGCAGCCGCCAAUACAACACAGAGUCAAGCUGGUGCUGUGGGACAACAAGCAGGCAGUGCUGCAACAUCGAAUGCAUCAUCCACAUCAUUGCCAACAUCUUCGUCGGGUACAGCAACAGCCACAACAACAAUGGCAACAGUCACACCCACCACCACAUCAUUGGCGACAGCAGCUUCAUUGGCGACGGCAGCAACAACUUCAAUAUCUGGAACAACAUCAUCAAGUACAUCAAGACAACCCAUGCCACAGGCAACAAGAGUGGCUGGCGGCGGUGGUGAUCUUUCCAAUGACAGAGAUAGAAUACGAAGUAGCGGUGUUGGCAGCAAUGCCUCCAGUAAUAGUUCAAGUAAUAUCUUGGAAAAUGGUCUAGAUUUUAGACAAUCAUCAUCAUCAUCAGCAUCAUCGGGAGGAAAUUCUAUGCCUAUUAAUGCUAACCCCAUUAUACCAGCAGCAACACAUGCAACAGGAAUGGGUAGACACCCUGCUUCGGCAGCAGCAUCGGUGGGAGCUGCUACAUCGGCUCAGGCUCAUAGUAAUAGUUCAAAUAAUGUCAGCGGCGGUAGCAUGAGUGCUGCAUCCUCAUCAAUGUUGACGCAACAGCAGCAGCAGCAGCAGACAACAUCAGCGGCGGCGGCAUCAUAUUACCAGCAGCACCAGCAUACUUCACAGCAAUCACAACAUCAUCAUAUGCAACAGCAUCAUACGCACUUAUCGUCUCAUAGCUCCACGUCGUCUUCCACGGCGCCGUCGACUUCAUCAUCUUCGGCGGGCUCAUCAUCCUCUUCAGGCCAACAACAGCAGCAGCAUCAUCAGCAACAGCACCACCCAUCAUCACAUGCCAUGAGCACCACAUCACGUAUUGGAGGUAAUGUAACCACUACUAGUACUUUUAAUUCAACCAACAACACCACGGGCAACAAUAAUCGUAUAAUGGGAGGAGGAUAUCACCAGCAUGCCCAGCAUCAUCACCACCACCACCACCAACACCACCUUACACAUACCACUACCACCUGUUCUACUUCUUCUUCUUCCUCCUCCUCCUUAAGCUCGACACCGUCGUCGUCGUCGUCAUCAUCAUCAACUUCGUCUUCGGCCAUUAUUGUAAUGAAUGAUGCUGGUGUUACCAACAAACAUGCUGCUGGUUUUAAUAGUGGUGGUGCCCUAACAAGUUGUAGUAGUAGUAGUGGUCUAAAUCAUAGUUUAUCCAAAUCUUCUCAUAAGAUUAACACUCCAAGUAAUAAUAAUAAUAACAAUGGUGGCAUUGGUGCUAGUUUCAUUACCUCCACCACUUCGGCCACCGCCGUCGCAAAUUAUCCUGGGCCCUAUAAGCCUCAUCUACAGUCACUAAGGCGAGACGAUAACAUACCAAAGGCCAGCUGAAAUUUGUGCUCACAUGAAAAACCAUCCAAAUCCCCUAAGAAGGCAAAUUC